AAGUAACAUGGGUUUGGAUGGACUUGACAGCGCUUUAGUUCAUGGCGAGAAAUGGUGCUCUUUGUUAAGUAAAGUAGUGAGGAAUCUUGUUCCUUAUCAAGAUUCAUUCAAUCAUAUGCUCUUUGCCACCGCAUCUGCUGGUGUCUGUUGCUGAAGUCGCAGUACAGGGAGGCAGUUGGCCGAGGCGACUACUUAUUUCGCUAGCUUGUCAGCUAACAACAGCUGCACUUUGCGAGGAUGUCGCUUCACGGCAAAAGAAAAGAGAUCUACAAAUACGACGCGCCAUGGACGGUGUACGCGAUGAACUGGAGCGUCCGGCCGGACAAACGCUUUCGGCUGGCGCUUGGGAGCUUUGUGGAGGAAUACAACAACAAGGUCCAGCUGGUGGGUCUGGAAGAAGAGAGCUCGGAGUUCGUCUGCAGGAACACGUUUGACCACCCGUACCCCACGACCAAGAUCAUGUGGAUCCCGGACACCAAAGGGGUGUACCCGGACCUGCUAGCCACCAGUGGGGACUACCUGCGCAUUUGGAGGGUCAGCGACACAGAAACACGUCUUGAAUGUUUGCUCAACAACAACAAGAACUCGGACUUCUGUGCUCCACUCACAUCUUUUGACUGGAAUGAAGUUGAUCCGAAUCUGCUGGGUACUUCAAGCAUUGACACCACCUGCACCAUCUGGGGGUUGGAGACGGGCCAGGUGUUGGGACGAGUGAACCUGGUGUCUGGCCAUGUGAAGACCCAGCUGAUUGCUCAUGACAAAGAGGUGUAUGACAUUGCGUUCAGCCGUGCAGGAGGUGGCAGAGAUAUGUUUGCCUCUGUGGGGGCCGAUGGAUCCGUCCGCAUGUUUGACCUUCGGCACCUGGAGCACAGCACCAUUAUCUAUGAAGACCCCCAGCACCACCCACUGCUUCGCCUUUGCUGGAACAAGCAGGACCCCAACUACUUAGCUACAAUGGCCAUGGACGGCAUGGAGGUUGUCAUCCUGGACGUACGUGUGCCUUGCACUCCGGUCGCUCGGCUAAACAACCAUCGUGCUUGUGUCAACGGGAUCGCCUGGGCCCCGCACUCGUCAUGUCACAUCUGCACUGCAGCUGACGACCACCAGGCUCUGAUCUGGGACAUCCAGCAGAUGCCGCGAGCCAUUGAGGAUCCCAUCCUGGCCUACACUGCUGAAGGGGAGAUCAACAACGUGCAGUGGGCGUCCACGCAGCCGGACUGGAUCGCCAUCUGCUACAACAACUGCUUGGAGAUCCUGCGUGUCUGAAACUACGAACACUUAAACGUAGAAGAGAAGCUCCUUCUUGUUUUUGAUUUUUAGUCUUCGUUCUGCUGCUUUCAAGACAAGGACAAGGACACGAGUGAACUUUUUGAACGUGUUUGGAGUAUCACACAGCUACACCGCAAUAACCUGGUUUUCAUUUUUGUCACGCGUCUUCACUCCAUUGUUCUUCUAUUAAAUAUUUAAGCUCUUAUUUAUUUUGCUCACAGGGUAGUAUUCAGAAGCUUUGAAAUCUGAUUUUUAUACUUCUUGGUGUCGGGCCGUUGUGAAACUACCAGGAAGGGUUUACGUGUUGUGUGCUUCACCCUUGAGUUGUAAAUGCUGAUGCAGACUGCUAGAGGCGGCAGAAGAUGACCACUCAAGGAAUAUGUGGGAGCCUUUUUGUGGACUCACACCAUAUUAUUUACAAUUCAAAGGUCAUAUACCAUUGUUCUGUGUUCCCCGGCAUACAUUUUAAACAGGCUCAAACUUGGGGCAUGUUAAAUUUGUACAAAUUGUCAGCUGACCCGAGAGGGAUUCGUAUUGUCACUUUAGUGGUGCUUGUCAUCAUAUGGCGUGUUGAUACUGUGAGGUAGCCAUGUACAGCAUUAGUCUGAACCUACCAGAGCAAUAUGAUUCAGCGCCUCUGAACUUCCGACUUAGUCAAUUCUUUAUUUGUUGAAGAUUGUGCUUUGACAGCUGCAUUUUCAAGUUGUGAAAGUGGGAGGAGCGUAAAACAACAUCCUGAGUCUGCCUCUCUUUUUGUGGUUUCCAACAAUUAAAGGGUUGUGUCCUUGUAGCAUGCCAUUACAAGGCAAAAGUGUACAUACAUAUAAAUAUAUCAACUAGAGAUGUUGGUAAGACCCGUGUUCAUGUUGUAGCUUUUUCAUAAAGUUUAUUAUUGAAUUUGCUCAAAUAAAUUGUAUACUUCCUUGUUCUAGGAACAAGCUUA